AUGGUGAUUCGAGCAAUGCGAGGUGGUGGCGGUGGGGAGGCAGGAUCUAAGGCUCUGGUGUUGAGUGCAGCUGGCGUGAUGCAUGUGCAGCUCAUGAAGAACGUGGAUCAGGACAGCUGGGGCCGGAUGAUCGACAUCAACUGCAAGGGCACGCUCAAUGGCGUGGCGGCGGUGCUGCCCAAGAUGUUGGCAGUCAAGAGCGGCCACAUCGUCAACAUCUCUUCGGACGCGGGGCGCAAGGUGUUCGCGGGUCUGGGCGUCUACUCGGCGUCCAAGAUGUUCAUUGAAGGCAUCUCGCAGGCUCUGAGGCUUGAGAACGUUGGCAGCGGCUUGCGCGUGACCUCCAUCCAGCCUGGAGACGUCACAACGUUCUUGGUGGACCAUGCGAACGCCGUCAGUGGCGUGGACGAAGAAGCCGCCAAGAUGUUCGACGAGGAACCAGUUGAUUUAUGUCCGCCGCACUACGUGGCCGUGAACGAAGUCCUCGUCCAACCACGCGACAGCAACAACACGCAGUUGAGCGGCAAGGUGGCGGUGGUCACGGGCGCCUCCGGGGGCAUCGGGGCUGCCAUCGCUCUGGAGCUGGCGAAGGCGGGUGCCAAGGUGGCGCUGGGAGCUCGCCGUCUCGAGGCGCUGGAGGCGGUCAAGGCGAGCAUCGAGCAGAAGAUCGGCGCUGGUGACAGCAUCCUCCUCGUCCAAACGGACGUCACCAAGCGCCAAGAGGUGCAGAACCUCGUGACCAAGGCGGAGGAGACGCUGGGUUCUGUGGACAUCCUCGUGAACAAUGGUGGGGGGAGACUAGUAUCCUUCCUACUUGUAUCCAUUGACCCCAGCAUUAGGCUGACGCUGGGGAUAUUUCUCUUAUUCCUUUUAUUGCCCCGUUGCAGCGGGUGUGAUGCCGUUCGAGCUGCUGAAGAACGUGAACCAGGACAGUUGGGACCGGGUGAGCUUUGA